CCCGGGCUUCACCCAAGCCAUGCUUAGCCUGCGCUUGCUAACCUGGGACGUGAAGGACACCCUGCUGCGGCUGCGCGAGCCGGUGGGAGAAAGCUACGCGGCGGCGGCGGGCGCGCUCGGCGUGCGCCUGCAGCCGGAGGCGCUCGGCAGCGCCUUCCGCCAGGCCUACGGCGCCCAGCAGCGGCGCUUCCCCAACUACGGCCUGGCGCAGGGCCUCGGCUCGCGGCGCUGGUGGCUCGGCGUCGUGGAGCAGACCUUCCGGCUCUGCGGCGUGCGUGACGAGCGCGUCCUCGCGCGCCUCGCCGAGAGCCUCUACCGGGACUUCUGCAGCGCUCGCACCUGGGAGACUCUGCCUGGCGCCGAGGAGACGCUCAGCGGCUGCCGCCAGCGGGGCUUUCGCAUGGGCGUCGUGUCCAACUUCGACAGGCGGCUCGAGCAGGUCCUGUCCCAGUGCAACCUGCGGCACCACUUUGAGUUCGUCGUGACCUCCGAAGACGUGGGUUUCGCCAAGCCCGACAGGAGGAUCUUCGAGCAGGCGCUGCGCCUGGGCGGCGUUCGGCCGGAGCAGGCGGCGCACGUCGGCGACGACUACGUGCGGGACUACGCGGCGGCCCGGGCGGCCGGCAUGCACAGCUUCCUGCUGGCGGCCACCGCGCCGCCCCAGGCGCCGGCCGAGCACGUCCUGCCCUCGCUCAGCCACCUCCUCGCCCUGCUCGGACCGGCCUAGCCGCGCGGGACAGGCCUCGCUCCCCGCGCCUCAAACAGGCAGAAACGUCGCCCAGAGCCUGCCCUCCUGC